UUUUUAAUAAAAAAAAUUUAAUAUUAUUAAAAAAAAAUUUUUAAAUUUUUCCAAAAUUAAUAAAUUCACUCCCUAGUUAACAAAAAAAAAGGAAGUGAUGUUUUGGUAUAUAGAUAAUUUUUAAAUUUAAAAUACUUUUUUUUUUUUUUCUUUUUCUUUUUAGAAAAUGAUGGAGAAUAAUAAUAACAAUAAUAACAACCAAAUUAUCAACCAUUCAUUUGGUGAUACCAGCAGCACAUCGUCAGAGAAUUUGGUAGAUAUUAAAGAGGAACAGGUAAAUCAAAAUGUUCAAAAGAUCUCUGACUUAUAUCCAGAAACACACACCAGCUCUAAAGGGUUAUGGGGAACUUUGUAUCUUAGUUUAACUGCAAUUGGUGUUAUUUUUGGUGAUAUUGGUACAUCGGUAUUAUAUGUUUAUUCGUCAAUGUUUAGCGAAGAUCACCCAGUAAACGAAAAAAAUAUUAUUGGAAGUUUAAGUCUUAUUAUAUGGGCAUUAAUUAUGGUGGUCUGUGUUAAAUAUAUGUCAUUUAUAUUGCAAGUAGACAAUAAUGGUGAAGGUGGUAUUAUAGCAUUGACAAGUUUAAUUCCAAAAACAGCAAACCCAAAGCUAAUUAAAAUUCUUUCAGUUAUUUCUAUCUUGGGCUCCUCUUUUAUAUUGGGAGAUGGUGUUAUCACUCCGGCUGUAUCUCUAUUAAGUGCUGUUGAAGGUUUAGAAGUAGGAAUUAAAGGAGACACCAUUAAAAGUUGGAUUAUCCCAAUUACUGUUAUUAUUUUAUUUAUUCUCUUUGCUAUUCAAUCAUUUGGUACAGAAGCUAUCGGUAUUAUUUGCGGACCAGUUCUAAUUCUUUGGUUUUUUGCAAUUGGUAUAUUUGGUUUAAUAAAAGUAGUCAAUCACCCAGUUGUAUUUAGAGCUUUCAAUCCAUGGGAGGGUAUUAGCCAUUUUCUCUUAAAUGGUCCCAAAGGUUUUUUAUUAUUGGGUACUGUUAUUUUGUGUGUAACUGGUUGUGAAGCACUUUAUGCAGAUUUGGGUCAUUUUGGUAAAAAAGCAGUUAGAAUUGCAUGGUUUUUUAUAGCAUUUCCAUGUUUACUUUUAAAUUAUAUGGGUCAGGCUGCUCUCUAUAUUGAGAAUCCACAUGUUAGCAAUCCAUUCUUUGAACUUAUGCCACGAUCAUUCCUUUGGCCUAUGAUUAUAUUAGCCACACUCGCCACAGUUAUUGCAAGUCAAGCAUUAAUAUCAGGUGCAUUCUCUAUAAUAAACCAGGCUAUAUCUUUAAAAUUCUUCCCACCCUUAAAAGUUAAACACACUUCAAAAAAAAUUAAAGGUCAAAUUUAUAUAUCAGAAGUUAAUUGGGCUUUGUGUUUUUUAACUUUGAUUGUGGUCAUAGGUUUUAAACACUCAUCAAAUUUAAUUGCUGCUUACGGUUUAGGUGUUGCUUUGGUUAUGCUUUUAACAACCAUAAUGUAUCUAUUUGUACUACGAUUACAUUUUAACGUUAGACUAGUAUAUCUUGUUCCACUUUCUAUCUCAUUUAUUAUAAUGGAUGGUCUCUUUUUUACAUCAUCUGUCGUCAAAAUUCCUCAUGGUGGUUGGUUCCCAUUAGCCGUUGGUUUUGUAAUUUCAUCUUUAAUGUUAAUUUUUAAAACUGGUAGAGAGAAAAUGGUUAAAGAAAUUCAACAAAUAUCACCACCUCUUUCAGCCACUUUAGAACAAUGUAAUCUUGGUGACAAUGAUAAACGUUGUAAUCCUGCAGUAUUCUUCUCUCUCUAUGAAGAAAAGACCCCUCUCUCUUUACUAAAGCUUUUACCAUUCCUUAAUCAAAUGCCCUAUCCGCUAUUCUUUGUUAAAGUUUAUCAUUUACCCGUACCAUUUAUCAAUGAAGCUCAUAGAAUUGUAUGCCGUGAAUUAAUUCCAGAUAAAGGUGUUUACCAAGUUGCAUUAAAUUAUGGUUAUAGUGAGGUUAUUAAUAUUCCAAAAGAAAUCAAAAAACUAAUAGAUCAGAAAAUUAUAGUACUAAGAAAAGAAAAGCUAUCAACAUUUUUAAAGGAUAAUAAUUACAGAGGUAGCACAGGUAGCUCAGGUAGUCACAGCCCUCUUAACCACAGAAACAAUGAUUUAAUAACAGACUAUCAUUAUGACGAAAAUAGCACAAAAAAUGAAAAAGAAAGAUACAACGAAAUAGAAUUAGAUAUUCCAUCUUUUAAAAAGCGUUUGAAUAUUAAAUACAUAGGUAGUAGAGAAAGAGUAAAAGCACCCAAGAAUCAAUUCUUUUUAAAGCGUAUAGGAACUUUUAUUUUUGAUAUUUUACUACAAAAUUCAAGAUCAGAAGCCCACUAUUUCAACAUCCAUCAUGAAUCAUUUAUUGAAAUCGGAAAUAAAAUCCAAAUUAAAUAAAACUAAAUAGUAGUUAUUACAUAAUUUAUAGAUUUUGUUUUUUAAUAAAUAAAAUAUUCGUUUUUUUAUUUAUUUAUUUA